GCGGCCAUGGCGGCGGCCGAGGACUGCGUGGGGCAGGUCGUGCUGCCCGGCGACGUGCUGCUUCUCCCUUCGCACCCCGACGAGGAUGGGGAGCGGCUGCGGCUUGGCGCCGGCGUGCUCCCCCGGGGCCGGCUGCUGUGCGGGCCGGGGCUGCGGCGGUGUGCGGCCGGGCUCCUGGUGACCAAGUGCGGCCUGCUGCGGCACCGGCCGGCUGGCGGCGGUGCGGCGGGGGCGGGCGGCGCGUACUGGGUAGACUCGCAACAGAAGCGGUAUGUUCCUGUCAAGGGCGACCACGUAAUAGGAAUAGUGACGGCCAAAGCGGGGGACGUGUUUAAGCUGGACGUCGGUGGGAGCGAGCAGGCAUCUCUGUCCUACUUGGCCUUUGAAGGUGCUACGAAGAGGAACAGGCCAAAUGUGCAGGUGGGAGAUCUUAUUUAUGGGCAAUUCCUUGUAGCAAACAAAGACAUGGAACCAGAGAUGGUCUGUAUAGACAGCAGUGGGAGAUCAAGUGGAAUGGGAAUAAUUGGACAAGAUGGCUUCAUGAUUAAAGUUUCCUUAGGUCUAAUAAGAAAACUCUUGGCUCCCAAAUGUGAAAUAAUUCAGGAAUUGUCACAGUUGUACCCGUUUGAGCUGGUACUGGGAAUGAAUGGAAGAAUAUGGGUAAAAGCAAAAACAGUUCAACAGACUUUAAUUAUAGUAAAUAUUUUGGAAGCCUGUGAGUAUAUGACUGCAGAACAGAGACAACAAGCUCUUGCCAAACUGUCAGGGAAUUGAUUGAAAGAAGACCUGGAGGAUUUUUUUUGAGGUGACUGGAGUUUUUGGUUAUUUUUUUGUAUUCAUAUUUAUAUUAAAAAUCAUUUUUUUAAAUGAA